AUGGCUGACGCUGGAUUUAUUCACUGUCCUGUUGAGAAUGCUUCCGAUGUGGCACAAUGUUUUAUAUGCUUUAAAGAAUUAGAGGGAUGGGAACCUGAUGAUGACCCCAUGGAAGAGCACCGUAAACACUCCCCCAAAUGUGCAUUUCUUGCUCUACAGAAAGACAUUUGUGACCUGACAGUACAGGAAUUUAUGAAACUUCGUAAAGAGAGGAUGAACAAUUUGAUUGAAAAAGAAGUUAAGCAGGCAAUUAUCGAGGUGGAGAAAUAUGCUAAUCUGAUCCGUGGACAAAUAGACAACCUGCGUUCAUAAACAGUAUAAUCCAUUGGAUGAUGUGGGCUUUUUAACUGUCUAAAUGGUAUUGAGCAAAGUUGAAUUGCUCAAAGUUUGCUGUUCAAGCUUAAGUUUUUUUUAUAGUUAUUUCUUAUGGAAUUCCUUCUGAUGUGUUUAUGAAUAAAUA